GCGGCAGAGGCGGUAUCCGCCACUUCACAGCCUUCACCUCUGCUGAUGGAGAAUGGCACCUGGUGCGGGGAACAAAUUCUGAACUACGACAAGGUGGAGAAAGUAUUUAUUGGAGCGAUCCUCACCAUGCUCACGCUGUUUACUAUCUGCGGGAACUUGCUGGUGGUGAUUUCGGUGUGCUUUGUGAAGAAGUUGCGGCAGCCGUCCAACUAUCUGAUCGUGUCUCUGGCGGUUGCCGACCUUUCAAUCGCGCUUGCAGUUAUGCCAUUUGUCAGUAUAACGGACCUUAUUGGGGGGCAAUGGGUUUUUGGCCAAGUCUUCUGCAAUGUUUUUAUUGCCAUGGACGUGAUGUGUUGCACUGCAUCCAUAAUGACGCUGUGCGUAAUUAGUAUAGACAGGUACCUGGGCAUAACCAAGCCCCUGACCUAUCCUGUGAGGCAGAAUGGCUGUUGCAUGGCCAAGAUGGUGGUGUCCGUGUGGCUCCUCUCCGCCUCCAUCACCCUGCCCCCCCUCUUCGGCUGGGCCCAGAACGUCAACGACAACAAGGUGUGUCUGAUCAGCCAGGACUUUGGUUACACCAUCUACUCCACCUCAGUGGCGUUCUACAUCCCCGUGUCCGUCAUGCUCAUAAUGUACUACCGCAUCUACCGCGCCGCCAAGCUCAGCGCCGCCAAACACACCAUCACGGGCUUCCCGCGGGAGGAGGAGGAGAGUGUGGACUGUGUGUCGGCCGCCCUGAGGCUCCACAGGGAAGUUGAGGAGUGCACGCGAUUCUCGCGCCUCAUGAGGAGCAACCGGAGGAACAUGUCCAUCUUCAAGCAGGAGCAGAAGGCAGCGGCCACCCUGGGGAUCGUGGUAGGGGCCUUCAGCGUCUGCUGGAUGCCAUUCUUCCUGCUCUCUACGGCCAGACCCUUCAUCUGCAGGGUGGACUGCCCUAGCUGUGUGCCCUUGUGGGUGGAGAGGACCCUGCUGUGGCUGGGCUAUGCCAACUCCCUCCUCAACCCGUUUAUCUACGCAUUCUUCAACAGGGACCUGAGGACCACCUACAGCAACCUGCUGCGUUGCCGCUACCGCAAUAUCAACCGCAAGCUGUCUGCCGCCGGGAUGCACCAGGCCCUCAAACUGGUUGAAAAGACUAACUCUGUUAUCUAAAUGUGACAAUGGUGUUAUUGUUGUGGUAUUGUGGGAGCUGCCAUCUAAAUGGUGUUCUUGUUGUGGUAUUGUGGGAGCUGCCACACUGAGAAAGUCUUAGGUAAAUGGUAUCUGCUUGCCUGGUCCUCUACUCAAGAUCUUGCAUGUCCAGACACAGUCUAAAACAGGGCUCUCCAAACCUGUUCCUGGAGAUACCCUCC